UCCUCUGCCUCCGGCGGCUCCAAAGCCCCGAACACGUCCUUGUUCGUGCCCCUGCCUGUGAAGCCGCAGGGCCCCAGCGCCGAUGGCGACGUCGGGGCCGAGCUGACCCGACCCCUGGACAAGAAUGAAGUUAAGAAGAUCUUAGACAAGUUUUACAAGAGGAAAGAAGUUCAGAAACUGGGUGCUGAUUAUGGACUUGACGCUCGUCUCUUCCACCAAGCUUUCAUAAGCUUUAGAAAUUACAUUAUGCAAUCUCAUUCUCUGGACGUGGACAUUCACAUUGUUCUGAAUGAUAUUUGCUUCAGUGCAGCUCAUGUGGAUGAUUUGUUUCCAUUUUUCCUGAGACAUGCCAAACAGAUAUUUCCUGUGUUGGAAUGUAAGGAUGAUCUACGCAAAAUCAGUGAUUUAAGAAUACCACCCAACUGGUACCCAGAAGCCAGAGCUAUACGGCGGAAGAUAAUAUUCCAUUCAGGCCCCACAAACAGUGGGAAGACUUACCAUGCAAUCCAGAGAUACUUGUCAGCAAAAUCUGGAGUGUAUUGUGGCCCUUUAAAAUUACUGGCGCAUGAGAUCUUCGAAAAGAGUAAUACUGCUGGUGUGCCGUGUGACUUGGUAACAGGUGAAGAGCGGGUGACAGUUGAGCCGGAUGGGAAACAGGGUGCCCAUGUUGCCUGUACCGUUGAGAUGUGCAGUGUUACAACUCCUUAUGAAGUGGCUGUAAUUGAUGAAAUUCAAAUGAUCAGAGAUCCAGCCAGAGGAUGGGCCUGGACCAGAGCACUUCUAGGACUCUGUGCUGAAGAAGUCCAUCUGUGUGGAGAGUCUGCUGCUAUUGACCUGGUUACUGAGCUUAUGUACACAACUGGGGAGGAAGUGGAGGUUCGAACCUAUGACAGACUUACCCCCAUUUCUGUGCUGGAUCGUGCCCUAGAAACUUUAGACAAUCUGCGGCCUGGGGACUGCAUUGUCUGUUUCAGCAAGAAUGAUAUUUAUUCUGUGAGUCGACAGAUUGAAAUUCGGGGAUUGGAAUCAGCUGUUAUAUACGGCAGUCUCCCACCUGGGACCAAACUUGCUCAAGCAAAAAAGUUUAAUGACCCUGAUGAUCCAUGCAAAAUCCUGGUUGCUACAGAUGCAAUUGGCAUGGGGCUUAAUUUGAGCAUAAAGAGAAUUAUAUUUUACUCCCUGAUGAAGCCCAGUAUCAAUGAAAAGGGUGAGAGAGAAAUAGAACCAAUCACCACAUCUCAGGCUCUGCAGAUUGCUGGCAGAGCUGGUAGAUUCAGCUCGCAGUUUAAAGAAGGAGAGGUUACAACGAUGAAUCGUGAAGACCUUGGUUUAUUAAAGGAAAUUUUGAAUAGGCCUGUGGAUCCUAUAAGGGCAGCCGGUCUUCAUCCAACUGCUGAACAGAUAGAAAUGUUUGCCUACCAUCUCCCUGAUACAACACUUUCUAAUCUCAUUGAUAUUUUUGUAGACUUUUCACAAGUUGAUGGGCAGUAUUUUGUCUGCAAUAUGGAUGAUUUUAAAUUUUCUGCAGAGUUGAUUCAGCAUAUUCCGUUAAGUCUGCGAGUGAGGUAUGUCUUCUGCACAGCCCCUAUCAACAAGAAGCAGCCUUUUGUCUGUUCUUCAUUAUUACAGGAAUGAGCCCCUAACUUUUGCGUGGUUACGCCGAUAUAUUAAAUGGCCAUUACUUCCACCUAAGAAUAUUAAAGACCUUAUGGAUCUUGAAGCUGUCCAUGACGUCUUGGAUCUUUACCUGUGGCUAAGCUAUCGAUUUCUGGAUAUGUUUCCAGAUGCCAGCCUCAUUCGAGACCUCCAGAAAGAACUGGAUGGCAUUAUCCAGGAGGGUGUACACAACAUCACCAAACUGAUUAAAAUUUCUGAGACACAUAAGCUGUUGAAUUUGGAGAGCUUGUCAGCAGUGAAUCAGUCUCAGGUGUCAGGAACCUCGAAGAGCCAAGCUAGAAGGAUGCGUGGCACCAAAGCUGCAGGGAGUAAAGCUGCUGAGCCCCUCAGUCCCAAUGCAGGAGAGCUGUCCCUUGCUUCCAGGUUGGUGCAGCAGGGACUCCUCACUCCAGACAUGCUGAAACAGCUUGAAAAGGAGUGGUUGUCACAACAGACUGAAGACAGCAAGGAAAGAACUGAGUCUGGGACUUACUCGAAAGGAACAAGAAGAAAGAAGAAGGAACCUGAUUCAGAAUAGUUUGUCUUAUUUUAUUUUUUUUACAAUAAAAAUCUAUUUUAGAAUCCUUUUUCCUCAUAUGCA